AUGAAGUGGAUAGUGGUGGCCUUGCUCUGCCUCCCACUCUUGGAGGCAGCAAUAUCCAGAAUCCCCCUGAGGAAAGUCAAGUCUAUCCGUCAGACCCUGAAGGAAAACGGUUUGCUAGAGGAGUUCCUGAAGACCCACAAGUAUGACCCUGCUCAGAAGUACCGUGCCAACAACUUUGGUGACUUCAGUGUGCUGCACGAGCCAGUGGCUUACAUGGAUGCUACUUACUUUGGUGAGAUCAGCAUCGGGACUCCACCCCAGAACUUCCUGGUCCUUUUCGACACUGGCUCCUCCAACCUGUGGGUGCCCUCAAUCUACUGCAAGAGCCUAGCCUGCUACUUACAUCCCCGCUACAACCCCAGCAAGUCCUCCACCUACCACACCGAUAAGAAGACCUUCUCCCUGCAGUAUGGCACCGGUAGCCUCACUGGCUUUUUUGGCUAUGACACUCUGACUGUCCAGAACAUCAAGGUCCCCAACCAGGAGUUUGGCCUAAGUGAGAAAGAGCCAGGUCUUACUUUUCUCAUUGCAAAGUUCGAUGGCAUCAUGGGCCUGGCCUAUCCCAGCCUGUCCGUUGGGGGCGCCACUACCGCCUUGCAGGGCAUGCUGAAUGAGGGUGCUCUCUCCAGUCCUCUCUUCAGUGUCUACCUUGGCAGCAACGAAGGCUCUGAGGAUGGGGGAGAAAUCAUCUUCGGGGGUGUGGACAACAGCCUGUACAAAGGGGACAUCCACUGGGCCUCUGUCACCCAGAAACUUUACUGGCAGAUUGAAAUUGAGGAGUUCCUUGUUAGUGACCAGGCCUCUGGCGUGUGUUCCGAGGGCUGCCAAGGCAUUGUGGACACAGGCACCUCUCUGCUCACCGUGCCCGAGAGUUACCUGAGUACCCUUAUGCAGGCCAUAGGGGCCGAGGGGAACCUGUUGGGAGAGUAUUUUGUGAGCUGUGACAGCAUCGACAGCCUGCCCACACUCAACUUCAUCAUCAAUGGUGUGCAGUUCCCUCUGGAGCCCUCUGCCUACAUCAUUAGUGAUGAUGGCUACUGCAUGGUUGGAAUCGAGUCCAUUGACAUCAGCUUAAAUGAUCAGCCCACUUGGAUCCUUGGAGAUGUUUUCCUCAGGUCCUACUAUGCCAUCUUUGACGUGGGCAACAACAGGGUUGGCUUUGCCACUGCCGUCUAG